UUUUUUAAUUCCUGUUUUGCUCGGUCCGGGGAGUUUCGCCCCCCUGCCCGGCUCCGCGGCGCGGAGGAUGGUGUGGAAAUGGCUGGGCGCGUUGGUGGUGUUCCCUCUGCAGAUGAUCUAUCUGGUGGCCAAAGCAGCCGUCGGACUGGUGCUGCCCGCCAAGCUGCGGGACCUGUCGCGGGAGAACGUCCUCAUCACCGGAGGCGGGAGAGGCAUCGGGCGCCAGCUCGCUCGCGAGUUCGCAGAACGCGGCGCCAGAAAGAUCGUUCUCUGGGGCCGGACUGAGAAAUGCCUGAAGGAGACGACAGAGGAGAUCCGGCAGAUGGGUACCGAGUGCCACUAUUUCAUUUGUGACGUGGGUAACCGGGAGGAGGUGUACCAGACGGCCAAAGCUGUCCGGGAGAAGGUGGGCGACAUCACCAUCCUGGUAAACAACGCUGCCGUGGUCCACGGGAAGAGCCUCAUGGACAGUGACGAUGACGCCCUUCUCAAGUCCCAGCACAUCAACACCCUGGGCCAGUUCUGGACCACGAAGGCCUUCUUGCCGCGGAUGCUGGAGCUGCAGAACGGCCACAUCGUGUGUCUCAACUCUGUGCUGGCGCUCUCCGCCAUCCCCGGUGCCAUUGACUACUGCACGUCCAAAGCCUCGGCCUUCGCCUUCAUGGAGAGCCUGACCCUGGGGCUGCUGGACUGUCCAGGGGUCAGUGCCACCACCGUGCUGCCCUUCCACACCAGCACCGAGAUGUUCCAGGGCAUGAGGGUGAGGUUCCCCAACCUCUUCCCACCGCUGAAGCCUGAGACAGUGGCCCGGAGGACGGUGGAAGCCGUGCAGCUGAAUCAAGCCCUCCUCCUCCUUCCGUGGACCAUGCAUGCCCUCAUCAUCUUGAAAAGCAUACUCCCACAGGCUGCACUGGAGGAGAUCUACAAAUUCUCAGGAACCUACACCUGCAUGAACACUUUCAAAGGGCGGACAUAAAGACCAGAUGCAGAGACACGCUUGCAAGCCACGGAACCUGAGGGGGCCACGGUACUGGGCACACACCCAUGUGCCUGUCCCUUGGCACACUUCUUCUGCUGGGUGAGCAGGACUGCUCCUGGCCCCAGGAAGAAUCCGGUGCCCUCCCCCUGGCCAGCCCCAGGACCUUUGCACAGGACUGAUGGGCAUAACUCUGACCCCCAUGGGGAGGCGAGAAACCAGCCAGUAGCCACCUUGACACUUUCAUACAUUUCUAAUUCUGUAGAGUUUAUUGUUAAAUUGCUUCUAACCAGCCUUAGCAGUGUGCAUAGACUGUUUCCAGGAGGGUCAGAUACUCUCUUUUUUCUGAAAAGAUACCCAGAUACUCUCUUUUUUCCGAAAUCCACCCAUCCUCAGCUUGUGCAAAUGGCACAUUUGAAUGGCAGGAAUGAAAAAUAAAGAGAUGGUUUUU